AUGGCCGCCCCAGAUACCGGCAGCACAGGCGGUGUCAUCAGCUACGUGGGCUCCGACUCCCGGCCCUACGGGGGCGGCCCGCUGCCCCCCCGCGAUGACGGCUCGCCUUCCUCCUCAUCCUCCUCCUCCUCCUCCUCCUCACCCUACGGCCCCUCGGCCGCAUUCCCCGGCGCAGUGGCGGUGGCAGCGGAUGAGCGACGCCGCGGUUCGCCCAAUAAGAACGGCACCAAUGUCACCAGGGUGCUGCUCUGCAAGGUCUGCGGUGACGUCGCCUCUGGCUUCCACUACGGUGUGCACGCCUGCGAGGGCUGCAAGGGGUUCUUCCGCCGCAGCAUCCAGCAGAACAUCCAGUACAAGAAGUGCCUGAAGAAUGAGAACUGCUCCAUCGUCCGCAUCAACCGCAACCGCUGCCAGCAGUGCCGCUUCAAGAAGUGCCUGCUGGUCGGCAUGUCCCGCGACGCCGUGCGCUUCGGGCGCAUCCCUAAGCGGGAGAAGCAGCGGAUGUUGGCGGAGAUGCAGAGCGCCAUGAGCGUGGGCAGCGCCGUGCCGGGGGCGGCACCUCUGGGCGAGGGACCCGUUCCCGUGGGGGGCCGCCCGCUGCCUCCCGGCCCCCCCGCCCGCUCGCCCCCCCCCGCCUGCUUCUCCCAGUUCCCGCAGCAGUUGACCCCCCCCCCGCUCGCCCAGCCCCCGGGGGGGGCCACCGAGGACGUCAUCGCUCAGCUGCGACGGCGCCCAGCCGCGCUGGGACGCGGCCCCCCCCCCCCGCCUGGACCCCCCGCCCCCCUCGAGCCCCGGCUCUGCCCCCCCCCCCACCGCCGCAUACCCCGACCCCCACAGCGCGGGGCUGCGCGUGGCCCCGCGGACGCCAAGGACGUGCUGCCGGCCUGCCCCAUGAACAGCCACCCGGCGGGGCGCAGCGGGCGCUCGGUGCAGGAGAUCUGGGAGGAUUUCUCGCUCAGCUUCACGCCCGCCGUCCGCGAGGUGGUCGAAUUCGCCAAGCACAUUCCCGGCUUCCAGGCGCUGUCCCAGCACGACCAGGUCACCCUGCUCAAAGCCGGCACCCUUCGAGGUACGUCCGGGGCUCCGCGGCAUUCGCACGGUGCUGCGCAUCCCAGCACGGCGCCCGGUGACCUUGGGACGCUGCACGGCGUCCCACAACCCAUCGCGUUGCUCCACAUCCCGGCGCUGCACGGCACAGUGCCCCCAGUGUUGCACAGCGCUCAGUGUUGCAGCGUUGCACGGCGAUGCAGCAGCUCGGCGCGAUGCAGCACAGCGUUGCACGGUGCCUCGUAUCCGAGCGUGGUGCCACGUGGCGUCGCACGGCGCUCCGUGUCCCGCAGUGCUGCAGGGCAUUGCGUGGUGUUGCACAAGGCGCAGCAUCCUAGCAGCGCCCCGCAACCCAGCCCAGCCCCCCACCUCCCAGUGCAGCCCCCCCCCAUCCCUUCGCAGCCCCCCACACCCCAGCACGGUGCCCCCGCAGAGCCGCACGACGCCGUUGCCAUGUGCCGCAGGUGCUGA